UCACCAGCGAGGUACACACCAUCAGAAAAUACUAUUGAAGUGAAGAGGAGAAAGAAAGAAACAACAAUGAAAAGGAAUCAUGAUAUAUUUUUACCACCACCAGCAACAGUAUAUGGUCCAUUUUCUGAAGACCCCACUGAAGCGCCACCUGAGAAGGAAAUGAAAAGAAUCGGUGACUUUCUAAGUAUUGGUCUACUAAAGACAAAAAAAGGUGGAUGAUAACAGAAAGUAAAAGAUAGAUGAGGAAAGGAUGCAUGGAAUUCUAAUGGUGCUGGACACGAUAAAAAUUGAGUCCAAGACAUGGCUAUACAAUUUGUACUUCAAAGGUCACUGGCUGCAAGACACGCAUAUGGAGGUGGGAAUGCACUAUUUGGCAGUCAAAAGAGUUCAUUACAAACUCAAACAACAAUAUAGCACAACUGGGCCGUUUUUCAUUACAAUGCUGAGGACGCUACAUGAGGACAUAGGAAAGAACAAAGAAACUGUUCAGAGUGCAGCUGAGAAUGAUAUUAUUUUCCAUGAUAUCUUGGGAACUACAUCAAAAUGUUCACUGCGAUGGACAGAUGUUGAAUUUGUGUACAUCCCAUUAAAUGUUGGACAACAUUGGGUGUUGCUAGUUUUGGACAUCAACAAGAGAAAGGUGAGAGUCUACAACUCCAGUUCCAAAAGGGGGGAUUCAUUGAAAGAGAUCAGACAGUUCAUACCUUGCAUCAAGUUUUUGCUUCCAAAAUUAAUGGACUGCUUCAAAGUGUAUGAAAUUAAGGGGGAGGAGCCAAUGGGAGAAAGGCCACUAGAAAUUG